CGUUAGGUAGGCGGAGCUACGUGGCUGAGCUAAUGUAGAGAGCAGAGGGAAAGCUACGGAAGCCUUCAAAAGAGUGCAGUGUAUCGAGUGUGUCCGUGACCCGGUCCAUUUAUCUAUGUCACUGUUACGGGGAAGCAGAUAACUGUGUGACGUCAUAGUUGUAAUGAAGCUGAUCUACACCGGCGCGAGUGGAGCCGCACUUUUCUUGUUGCUGCACCACUGUCAGAUAGCCAGCACUGUUGGACAGAAGUCUGACCGUGCAUUAACUGUGGUGGAGAAUACAGAAGGAUGGGAGGAAGGAAGUGUUGAUAAGAAAGCGGAAGUGACAGUUGAUGAAGAGGAAGGAGAUUUUGAGGUGGUCCAACCUACUGACAAUUGGCAAACACUCAAAGCAGGCCAGGCAGUGCCAGCAGGUUCUCAUGUGAGGCUGAAUCUGCAGACAGGCCACAGGGAGGUCAGAUUGGGCGAAGAGCAGCUUAAAUAUUGGACACAAGAACACAGUUCUGUUUCCAGAGAGACCGAAAACGACCAGUCUACCAUCAGUGCUGACGACCUGAAACGGGCCAUGAAGAAGAUGAAAGAUGACCUGAACCCAAACUCUGUGACAUCCAAGUACCGUCCCCUGGGGGAGUUAAAGAGAGACAUGGCUCAGCUAGACCUGCUGGUGGAGACAGAUAUUCAGAUAAUGAAGAGGCUGCUGGACCAGUUAAAAAACAGCAACUCGACCACAGAGCUGAAACUAAACCUCCUGCUGGACCUGGAGUAUUUGGUGCAUCAGGUGGACAACGGUCAGUCCCUGUGUUCAAUGGGUGGUCUCCAACUUAUUGUAGAAGGUCUGAACAGUACAGACUUUAGACUGCAGGAAACCUCUGCCUUUGUUCUGGGAUCUGCCGUGUCAAGUAACCCGAUGGUACAGGUGAAGGCUGUAGAGUGUGGGGCUCUACAGACGCUUUUAACUAUGAUGGCUACUGCUCAACCACUCGGAGUCAAAAAAAAGGUACUGUUUGCAGUGGCCUCCCUCUUACGUAACUUUCCCUACGCACAGCACCAUUUCUUGUCACAUGGAGGGCUGCAGGUCCUAUCAGAGAUAUUCACGGCCGAUGGAGGAGGAGUUCUGCGUACACGCAUUGUCACCAUGUUGUAUGACAUGAUCAGUGAGAAGGAGUUAAUUUCUCGGGCUGGUUUGGACCUGGGCCAUGAUGCGGCCCACGAGGAGCGAGUGCAUCAGUACUCCAAGGUGUCUCUGCAGGGGGAGCUGCUGGAGAAGGGCUGGUGCAAUCUGGUCCCACAGCUGCUGGAGUCCACUGAGCAUGACUACAGAGAAAAGGCUUUGCGGGCUUUGUUGGCAAUGGCUCCCAUGUGUUUGGAUCAGUACCGCUCAGACCGGUCUUUACUGGGCUCCCUGCUCACUCUCAGAGACCAGUACCAGGAAAUGGUUGAGUCAGAAAUAAUUGUAGGGGAAGAGAACAGCUACUUUGCAGAGAUUGUAGAGCUUAUAAAUUCUUUACAAGUAAAAAUGCAAUAAUGAGAUUGCACACACACAGAUUUCUUUGGGAUGUGUGUUGUGAUAAGACCCGUAUUGCUGUGUUUUAUGAAUAA